UAUAUUUUUAUUUUAUUGAGUUGACUGACGUGAUAAAAUGCUAACAUUAUUUGUGUUGAGCUCUAUAGUGUAAAGUUGGAUGGAUGUAGCUUUCGAACAUCUUUCUGUUUUGUUUUAUAAAAGUUUAUUUUGUGUAACUUAGUUUCUCCGACAUCAUCAUGGAAUCAACUUCUGUAUUUGAAGACCGUGAAAAUUUAAAUGAUUUCUUAGAAGAAGCCGAGCUACAGCAGUAUUAUGAAUUGUUUAGGGAUAUUUUGAAAGUUACAAAAGUGUCCCAACUGAAAUUUGUGCUCACAGAAGAUUUAGUUCAGAUUGGACUCUCCAGACCAGAACAGAGACGUUAUAAAAAGAUCUAUUCAAAGUAUUUUCCAAACCCAUACAUAUCGAAGAUACGAAAAAUGUUGAAGCCCUCAAGGAAACGAGAUCAGAAUUUACACGGACAUACAUCAAUUCCACUGGAAAUGCAACCAGUUUUUGAGAAUAACGUGAAAGUGCCUACGAAGCAUAUCAUUUCUAUCGAGGAUAUAACUAUAAACAAAGAGCUUGGAAUGGGCCAAUUCGGUGUGGUGCAACAGGGAACAUGGACUACAGGGAAUCAAAGACUGCAAGUAGCGAUUAAAUGUCUUGGCCAUGAAAGAAUGACAUCAAACUCGACAGAGUUUUUGAAAGAGGCAGCAGUGAUGCACAGUAUCGAACACCCGAACAUAGUCCGCCUGUAUGGCGUCGUGCUCCACCUAGACUCCUUAAUGCUGGUGACCGAAUUGGCGCCCCUUCGAUCGCUCUUAGAGUGUUUACGUGAGGUGUCAUUGCGCCUCAACUUCCCUGUGCCGAAUCUCUGCGAGUUUGCCGAACAGAUCUGUGAUGGAAUGUCGUAUUUGGAAAGCAAAAGACUGAUACAUAGGGAUCUGGCGGCCAGAAAUAUCUUAGUAUUUAGCAAGGAUAGAGUGAAGAUAUCAGACUUUGGACUAUCAAGAGCUUUGGGUGUUGGGAAGGAUUAUUAUCAGACAAACUACAAUGUGAAUCUCAAGCUCCCUGUGGCAUGGUGUGCUCCGGAGUGCAUCUUGUUUCUUCGCUUCACAUCAGCGAGUGAUGUAUGGGCGUUCGGCGUCUGUUUGUGGGAGAUGUUCACCUACGGAUUCCAACCCUGGGCCGCUUUUUCUGGACAGCAGAUAUUGGAAGCCAUUGAUGCUCCGAACUUCCAGAGACUGGAGCGUCCAGAGUGCUGUCCGGAAGCUUACUACACCACCAUGCUGGAAUGCUGGGCCCACGACUUCAAUAAUCGGCCAAAGUUCAAAGACUUGAGCGCGAAGCUAGCUAGUAUUCGACCGGAGCAGGUGCAAGCGACGGUGAACUUCCAGAAGCCAGAAGAUGGUCGCCGUAACACAUUCCUGGAGUACAAGUCCGGACAAGUCAUUACAGUAUUAGGAAAAGAAACCAUGACAAAGUGCCCCCUGUGGUACGGGGUCUUGCCCGGCGGUGCUUGUGGCAUGUUCGACCCCACGCACACGAAGCCCUACACUCCGCCAGAGAAAAAUGUAUGUUACGUGUCGGGAUCGUUAUCGCCGCACCCGGUCCGGCAGUCGGCGCGGUCUAUCCGCUCGUCUCUGCUGAGAUCUGACGUGAAGAGACACACGUAUACCGGCAAGCGGACGAUACAGCGCAGCAUGAUCUCCAGCCCACAAGGAGACGUGAAGCACACGGGCCAUGUCGGCCUCGACGGCGCUUACUUCGGCGAUAUAUCAUUCCUGGACCCCGCCGGUUGCCCACCCCGCCAGGUUGUGACGCCGUAUAAGCCAUCUGAAGAUCUGGAGCAGGUGCCUCUGAUCAAUCCCAACUCACCGUCGCACCUCACUGGAGCAUCGGGCACCACGCCGUACCCCAUGUUGGCCUCUAACAAACCUGAUACCAGGACAGACGCCGACGAAGUUGAUCUAUCUUGUGACGUGAAAACAAGGAGUUUGAAGAAAAAUAGGACGUUGUCAGAGCCUACGACGAGCAAGGGUAUUCUCAGUAAGGUGAGGAGCGCGACUCUGGGCAGGUCACAUAAAGGAGACAACUCCACGGUGCCGAAAACUGACGAAGUUCACGAGUAUCAUGAGAUUUCCGACACCGAUACGGAAGGUACUGCUGCGUCGCUGUCCAAGUCAGAGCGCCUCGCGUUAAGACCGGAGAGUUUGGAGGUACUGAAAAGCACCACUGAUUUCAGCCAAAGUUUGCUUGAUGAGUUAGAUUCGAUGUUUAAGAAUCUAGAGACACGUAAAAAGGAGGAUACAGGGGUGCCAUCCAGACUACCGGAACCUAGCACGAGCUCUGGUAUUAGGGACUAUAUGCGGCCGUAUCGACGAUACCAAAGAAUACCGGACGAGGAAAGAGCUACUCGAAGCCGACGGUCCAGAUCCCUUUCUGACGGAAUAUCGGCUUUACAACGCCUCAGUCCUAACAGUCCGGACACAGAGGUCCAGGAAUCAUCAACGUCCCAUGACGAUAUCACUCGUCUCCCCGAAAAUGAGAGCCUAUUAGCCGAAUCAAAGCCAAUUUCGGAAGAGAAUAUGGAAGAAAAGCCGCCAGAUUUGCCACAUACACUAACUAAGAGCGAGCGUAAGAAGGGCUUCUCCACUACUACUAUGAAACCGAUGUCUGCUCACGACGAGCGGAACCUGGAUACAGCUAUUGCGAUGGCUAACGAAAUCACUUCCAAGUCCAUGAAUGACUUGGAAGAGAAAACUCCGCAUUCGCCAAGCGAGCGGAAAUUCAACUUUCGCUUUGGGCGAUCGGGUCAUCAUAGCAAUCAAAAUCAGGAACCCGAGAGGGAACAAUCUACGGGCUUCCAGCCGCGCAGAAAUUUCUCCGAAGAGGCGAAGAGUGUUCCUGACCUAGCCGCCAGUUUGACUGAAGAGUCAAAACUGGCCUAUACUAGCUUGAUUGAAGAGCCAACACCUUCUACUUCGCUGAUGACACAGAUAGCAAAAGAGGCAGGCGGGAUCCUUAAGGCAGCGACGAUCCCGAAGCCCGCCCGGACCACCUUGGUCCAGUUUAACAGCAGAACUGUUGGUUCUCCGCACCAUACAAGAUUACCUAUUAGCGAGCGGCACACAGAAGACACAACCUUUAAUGUAUUACCAUUACCCCCUCGCACGACUAAACCAAAACUGGUCGAUAAGCCGCGUCACGUGCGCCGAUAUCCACUAAAAUUAAUCGAAGAGCCGAAGCCUGUGACUGUACCCCAACAGCGACCCCUGAAUAUAUACCAGAACACUAAAACACAUUCGAAAGACACCACAAAACCUGACGAAUGUAAAUCAGAGGAUGUGGUUGACACUGCGAAGGAUACAAACCCAUUCAUAAGUACACCCGGCACGAGUGGCGCCAAUCCAUUUGGAUGUUAUUUGGACAACGAGCACGAUGAUGACGAAACCGAACUAGAUCUACAUGUAGAAAGCGACACGGACAGCGAGGAAGAGACCCAUACUAAAUUAGCAAAAGAAAGUAAAGAUCACGUCUCGGUCGAGGAUCUGCUGGAGUUUGCUGAUCAGAAGCCGUGCGGCCGACAACGCGGGGUAGAGUCCGACGAAGUUAGGAUCAUGAGCAAAGUGCUCAAAGAUGAGGCUAGUCAGGAGCUGUGUUUGGAGGCACUGGAGCUGAGCGGCUGGAACGUUCACAAUGCGAUCAAAUUAGUUCGCGUCAAGGUCUCGGUCGGCACAGACGUGUCCUUCGACAAGUGCCACGAACAACUGCAGAAAACGAACGGAGAUAUCGUCAAAGCUGUCUCCAUGAUGGUCUCCCUCGAAUAACUAACUUAACAUUAAAGGAUUUCAAGAGGAAAUCAUGGAAUUAUUAAAUUAAUUAAAUCUAAAUCGAGAGAAA